AUGGCACUAUCCUGUUUCCACUGCCACCCCCUUCCUUACACAGUAACAACCCAACGCCACACAACACCUUUCCCUUUCUCUAUCUCUCUCUCUUCCACCUUCAAAUUUUCCUCCGCGCUCUCGUCUUCCACUUCCACAACUCACCACCCUCUCCCCCCGGACUUCUCCCCCUCCCAACUCCUCGACCUCAUCCGCCGCCAGCCCGACGAAUCCUCCGCGCUCCGCCUCUUUCAAUGGGCCUCCACCCAGCCCAAUUACUCGGCCCAGCCCUCAAUCUUCCACGAGCUUCUCCGCCAACUCGCCCGAGUCGGCUCCGUCGACUCAAUGCUAUCCCUCCUCCACCAGAUGCGCUCCUCCGCCUGCCCCGUCGAUGAGUCCACCUUCCUCAUCUUCCUCGAAGCCUACGCUAACUUCGAACUUCACGGCGAAAUCAACGCCGUCAUCGACUGCAUGGAACGCGACUUCGCCCUCAAACCGGACACGCGCUUCUACAACGUCGCCCUCAACCUCCUCGUCAAAGCCAACAAGCUCAAGCUCGUAGAAACGCUGCACUCUAAGAUGGUCGCUGACGGCGUCGCGCCCGAUGUUUCCACCUUCAACGUUUUGAUUCGGGCCCUCUGCAAGGCCCACCAGCUGCGGCCCGCCAUUCUCAUGCUCGAGGACAUGCCUAACUACGACCUCAGGCCCGACGAGAAAACGUUUACCACGCUCAUGCAGGGGUUUAUCGAAGAGGGUGACGUGGACGGCGCGUUGAGGAUUAAGGAACUCAUGGUGGAGUCCGGGUGCGCGCUAACGAGUGUUUCGGUGAAUGUUUUGGUGAAUGGGCUUUGCAGAGAGGGUAGAAUUGAAGAAGCUUUGAGGUUUAUUUAUAAUGAAGAAGGGUUUUCCCCUGACCAGUUUACGUUCAAUGCUUUGGUGAGUGGGUUGUGUAGAACAGGGCAUAUCAAACAGGGAUUGGAGAUGAUGGAUUUUAUGCUUGAGAAAGGGUUUGAUUUGGAUGUUUAUACUUAUAACUCUUUGAUCUCUGGGUUGUGUAAGUUGGGUGAGAUUGAUGAGGCUGUUGAAAUUCUCAACCACAUGAUUUCGAGGGAUUGUUCACCGAAUACUGUGACUUUUAACACACUGAUUAGUACUUUGUGUAAGGAGAAUCAUGUUGAAGCGGCGACCGAGCUUGCCCGUAAUCUUACUAGCAAGGGGUUUUUGCCUGAUGUUUGUACGUUCAAUAGUUUGAUACAGGGUUUGUGUUUGACGAGUAACCGGGAGAUUGCAAUGGAGUUGUUUGAGGAGAUGAAGGAGAAAGGGUGUGAGCCGGAUGAGUUUACGUAUAGUAUAUUGAUUGAGAGUCUGGGUUCUGAAAAGAGACUAAAGGAAGCGUUGAUGCUGCUGAAAGAGAUGGAGAAAAGUGGUUGUGCUAGGAAUGUGGUGGUGUAUAAUACUUUGAUUGAUGGUUUGUGCAAGAGCAAUAGGGUUGACGAGGCAGAGGAGAUUUUUGAUCAGAUGGAGAUGAUGGGGGUGUCGAGAAGUUCGGUGACGUAUAACACCCUUAUUAAUGGCCUGUGUAUGAGCAAGCGAGUGGAAGAAGCUGCUCAGCUUAUGGAUCAGAUGAUAAUGGAAGGGUUAAAGCCUGACAAGUUCACUUAUACUUCAAUGCUUAAGUACUUCUGCCAACAAGGGGAUAUAAAGAAGGCAGCUGAUAUUGUGCAGAAUAUGACUUCGAAUGGGUGCGAACCGGAUAUUGUAACCUAUGGGACCCUUAUUAUGGGGCUUUGUAAAGCAGGGAGAGUAGAGGUUGCAAGUAAGCUCCUUAGAUCUGUUCAGAUGAAAGGUUUGGUCUUGACUCCACAUGCUUAUAACCCUGUGAUUCAAGCACUCUGCAAAAGGAAGAGAAUAAACGAAGCCAUGAGACUUUUCAGAGAAAUGAUGGAAAAAGGUAAUCCCCCGGAUGCUAUAUCAUACAAGAUUGUUUUCCGUGGCCUCUGUAAUGGUGGAGGGCCUAUACAAGAGGCUGUUGAUUUUACGAUUGAGAUGUUGGAGAAAGGAAUAUUGCCAGAUUUCCCAUCAUUUGGUUUCUUGGCUGAAGGUCUUUGUUCUUUAUCAAUGGAGGUCACCCUUGUUGAACUCAUCAAUAUGGUGAUGGAUAAAGGAGGAUUCUCACAGUCCGAAACAUCUAUUAUCAAGGGCUUUCUCAAGAUUCGGAAAUUUGACGAUGCAUUAGCCAAUCUUGGUGCUAUUUUGGAUAGGAGAAAGCCCAGAAGAUUUUAA